GUGAAUUGAUGCCAAACUGGAAAUGCUAGGAGAAAUGGGGAUCUCAGGGAGAACAUCUCUAGUUCUAGUCAUCUUCAUUACUUUUCUACAAAUCCGAGCUCUGAUGUGUGACAAACUCACAGUUGUUUCUGGCACUGAGGGUCAAAUGUUUGACUUCAUAUGUGAGUAUCCAAGCGACAGCAAAAACAAUACGAAACACUUCUGCUGUUUAGACAUUGAUGAGUCCUUCGGUCAGGUCGUACGAACUUCCAAACACAACGAGUGGACAAGAGAAGGACGUGUCUCUCUUUACGACAACACUACAGCGGGCUACUUUAUCGUUAGGUUGGAUAAACUGUAUUUAAACGACAGCGGGAAGUACCAUUGUGGUGAUUUUGGGAGCAGUGAUCGCAUCAUGAAGAUACAUCUGCAUGUCUCCGAAGUGUAUAAAAUCCCAGCCUCCACCAUACCUGCACCGGUUCACAAGCUCACCAUGCACCUGUUCCUGACCAUUAUGUUGUGCGUUGGAGCGAUGAUCUUUGUGUGUCUGUUCACAAUAUGUCUUCUUCUGGCUGCGAAGCACAGGAGGUCCACCCCACGCCAGAAAAGAGAGACGUCGUCUGACUAUGAGACGAUGACGCCCCCGGCGGGAGCGGCACCAGAGCCCUGCGGGUGUUCGCAUCCGGACUGCAUUGACCUCUCCGCUUUACCUCGGCCACCUUCUGACCUCUACUCAUGCUUCACAGAGGAUAAUCGGGAGUCCACCAUCUCCUGCAGCCUCGGCGAAUACGUGGAUGUAGACGUACCGGGACAUAUCUGCCAGUAUCAGAUUCUGGACCAGAGCCGACUGGAAAACCAUGUUUACCACAGUCUUCACGGGAGCUGCAGCUCCAAACAACGAGCUCCAAAAGAGCAGAUUGGUCACUGACGCAGCUUAUACUUGGAACAGUGUGUGGGUUGGUUAUUGGUAUUGUUAUACCAAUCUGUAAAAAGUGACAGACUUAUGACAUGAAGGAGGAAGGGCCAGACUUUUCUCUGCUCCUUCUACCUGCCCGCUGCCGUCCUACCUGCUGAAAAAAGGCCAUCAUUUUAUUGUGAAAAUGUACAAAAUUACUGUUGUAUUAAGAUAAUCAACUUAUCUGACAGUAUGGACAAGUUAAGCCGUUUUUUCUUUCAAAAAAAUGUAAGA